CGCCGCCUGGCGGGCGCUCGGCGCUUUCCGUGAGCGCUCGGCGGUUUCCGUGCGGGGCCGGGCGCGCUCGGCGCUUGCUCCCUGGCUGGCGCUCCUCAGUCGGCCGCUGCCUGCCUGUCGCCGGGCUGGGAGCGCCUGUGUGUGUGAGUGACGCGGCGGAGGUGUAGUUUGACGCGGUGUGUUACGUGGGGGAGAGAAUAAAACUGCGGCGAGAUCCCAGGCGCGAACGAAAGCAGUGACGGAGCAGCCUGGUAACCGUCUGCCAGCUGCUGAAUGGAGUUCAUGAAGUGGCUGUUGAGCUGUGGCUAAAAGGGCUGCUGCUCUGCAAGGUGACAGUGGAAAUGUUUGCAGAUUGCAGGUAACUAAAUGACCAUGGAAUCUGGAGCAGAGAACCAGCAGAGUGGAGAUGCAGCCGGUACAGAGGCAGAAACCCAACAGAUGACAGUACAGGCACAACCACAGAUUGCAACGUUAGCCCAGGUAUCUAUGCCAGCAGCUCAUGCAACAUCUUCUGCACCCACGGUGACCUUAGUUCAGCUGCCCAAUGGGCAGACGGUUCAAGUGCAUGGAGUAAUUCAGGCUGCCCAGCCAUCAGUUAUUCAGUCUCCACAGGUCCAGACAGUUCAGAUCUCCACUAUAGCAGAAAGUGAAGAUUCACAGGAAUCAGUAGACAGUGUCACAGACUCACAGAAACGAAGAGAAAUUCUGUCCAGACGACCCUCCUACAGAAAAAUUUUGAAUGACUUGUCCUCAGACGCCCCAGGAGUGCCAAGGAUCGAAGAAGAAAAGUCGGAAGAGGAAACAGCAGCACCUGCCAUCGCCACUGUCACGGUGCCAACUCCCAUUUACCAAACCAGCAGUGGGCAGUACAUUGCCAUCACCCAAGGAGGAGCAAUCCAGUUGUCUAACAAUGGCACAGAUGGAGUACAAGGUCUCCAGACGUUGACGAUGACCAAUGCAGCUGCGACCCAACCUGGCACCACCAUUUUACAAUAUGCACAGACCACAGAUGGACAGCAGAUACUCGUACCCAGCAACCAAGUUGUUGUACAAGCUGCCUCAGGAGACGUGCAGACCUACCAGAUCCGCACGGCCCCGACCAGCACCAUUGCACCGGGAGUGGUGAUGGCGUCCUCGCCUGCGCUGCCCACCCAGCCGGCGGAGGAGGCUGCGCGCAAGAGGGAAGUGCGUCUGAUGAAGAACAGGCACGCAGCACGUGAAUGUCGCAGGAAGAAAAAGGAGUAUGUGAAAUGUCUAGAAAAUCGAGUGGCUGUGCUUGAAAACCAAAACAAGACACUGAUUGAGGAGUUGAAAGCACUUAAGGACCUUUACUGCCACAAAUCAGAUUAAUUUUGGAUUCUCAUUUUCACUUGUCCAGGUGGGAUAGAGACUGGUUCUGGUUAUACCCAGAAAGACAAAGUAAACUUUUUAUUUUCUAAACAUUUCUUUUUUUCUAUGCGCAAAACUGCCUGAAGCAACUACAGAAUAUACUUCAUCUGUGCUUUGCAUCAAACUGUGAAUGUUCAAGUACUUGCCUCCACUUCUCCCCUUACAAGAUGAAUUUCAUCAUCAGUCUCAGCGUGAAGAACAGGCUUCUCUCUCGUCUCCCAAUCUUCUUCAAGGAGUAGCAGUGGUCGCUUGGGAAGUUACCCUGGGGAGGGUCCUUUUGUAAAGAUGUCAAGAAUUUGUGCUGAGCUCUUUCCAUUGCCUUAGAGACAGAGCCACCCCAGCCUCUUGGUCCAGAGAGCGGUGGGCCGCAGAGGUGGAGCAUGCAUGGUGCAAUGAAGAAGCAGUGGUUGCCACACUGGUUUCACCCGUUCGUGCUGGGCUGUGCCGAUGCGCGGCUGAGCAGCACGCCAGACCGAGGGCGCUUCGCUGCCACGCUCCUGGUGUGCAGAGAGCAGACCUUCUUCACACUAGCCCAGGAGGGGGGUUGGUCUGCAAUCUCUGUUAAGCCCUCCUGGACUAGUAAAACCUUCUCCAUACCUGAGAAACAAAUGCAUUGCAAUGAGCUUCACUGCUCAGUUGUUGAUUCUCAUAGUUUAUGUGUGCAAGUGCGUUCGGUGUUCUGAAUGCACAGAAAACAGACACCAGCUUCAUAGGAUAUACAUUGGGAAAUUAUAUUUGGAUGGGAAAGAAAAUUGUAAAAAAAAGAUGCAGUUGUGAUGUUCUGUAAACAGGGGUAACACAUUAAAGCACUACCUAUUUGUGUGCAGAACAACUAAGCAGUUGAAGCAUAGCCAACUCCACUGAAGUACUCCCUGAAGAGAGUAUGGUCUGUGUCGCAAGUCCUCUCGAGCAAUGAGGUUGUUUUUAUUUCCCUACCACUAUCUUAUGCGAUGGAAAUUAUUGUACUCAAUAGAAAUAUCAGCCUGGUUUGCUAAAUUCUUUUUUGAACUUUGAGGCUGCCUUCUAUACAUAAAUUAAAUUUCAGGAUAACAACUACUAGGACAACCUCAAAUAUUCAAGAGGACUUCAAACACAAAUAUUCCAACUCCUGCUUUGAAAGGGAAAACACUGAUUAUUUGAACCUGGCCAGAUUAACUAAACUCUUAAUUUGUCUGGGUUAUUUUUUCAUGUAAAGGGUCAGAUUUACUGAGUAAUCUAUUCCUGCAGCGAAAAUUACUUGCGUGCCUCAGAUGUUUGCAAGAUCAGGUUUUUUUCUGUGCACUGAGGAACUGUGGUCUUUCCCAGAUUUAUGGUGUUAAAAAAGGUAAUUCAUAUUUUUUAAAAAUUCUGUAUUAAGCAUUAGGACUUCAAAAGAAUCAUGCUGAAAAAGAACAUCCAGAAGUUGUCAAAAAGAAUGUGUCCAGAAGAAUCAUGUGUGGUUUGUGUACUGGCCCUCUGAAGCCAGUCUCUCACUGUGUUAACUCGGGUCAUUUGAUGGAGUAAGUUUACUUUGGGCUUCUGGUCAAACUUUUAUGUAUAGAAAUGUAUGGAUAAGGCUCUGGUCUAUACCAAUGCCUUGCCUAGCAGAGUAUUAGCUAAUAUUUUUUCCCAUUCACUCUAUAUCUUUUUAAGAUAAAUUUCACACACUUUUAGGCUUCUAAAAGGUUGUACAAUCAGCGUGACGUGUAAGGAAAAUACUUGGAAGGCUCUGGGCAGUUGAGUCUCAAACACCUAAGCAGUAUUAGAAGUUACAGAUUUCUCAUUUGAGGGGCAUUCAGUUUCCAAGAGACUUAAUUUAAAAGGAGCAGGGUUAAACUUAGAGCAUUAUUGUUACAUCUGGAGUUAUCAAGAAUUUCAAAUUUCACUUGUAUUUCAAGAAAAGAACACAAGCAUCAGAAAUAUGAAAUAAUUCACUUUCACAAGUUUUGUGGAUGUUUAUAAAUGGUCUAUUUUUAUCUGCCAUAGAGAGUUGAUUUUUGUGUUUUUAUUUAAUGGGAGAUGAAUUUAUUAAUUUAGCAGUGCAAAUUUAAAGAAGACCCUAAGUUCUCAGCAGUGCUUUUAUAAAAACUAUCUGAUUCUUAAAAUCAGCAAAUACAAAUACAUAAAACGGUUACAUUUUCCAGAACGAGUACUGAAAUAGAAAUGUUGAUAAUACAGGAGGCAUUCUUGUAAAGCAUGAAGCUCAUGGUGGCCUCAUUUGCAAUUACAUGGAAUGGUUCCUCCAGCUUUGAGGAACACAGAAAAGGCUGUAUAUGCCCACAUUAAGGCUGUUUCUUUUGUAGAACAUCUCUUUGCAAAAAAAUGUGAGGUUUUGCUCUGAGAGCUGUGUCUCGUGGGUAAUGAACACUGUCCAGAGCUUGCUGAUAAUCACUGGGCACAAAGCCUGGGGGCUGAAUGGGCAUGGGAGCCUAAAAGAGUGCCCAGGUGGGGUUCUAAUACACAGUUUGUGCAAACUUGUGUGGCAGCGAGAGGAGAACUGUGUUACCCAUUUGUCUGUGUGUGGUCUGCAAGUGGCCUGUAGUGGUUUUAGCCUAGACUUCAUUAGCAAAUAAAGUUCCACUAAGAAAAGGAAUGUAAUUCAAAGUACAUAGGGGUCUGCAAGAAUCUUUAUUUUUAUUUAUGCUGCACUGAGGAUUAUGGGACACAAAUUUAUUUAAUGACAUUUAUAAUUACAAUAAUAAAAAAUGUAUUAGACCAAGUAGAGGGCUGGCUAGGCUACCCAUACAUGCUUUACUAUUCAUAUUGACCCAAAAAGGGAAAGAAAAUGACACAGGAAUCCAUUCCUAUGUUAUUUACCAAGUAGUGAGGUUGGGGUGAGAAGCUUCUAUAAACUAAGGCCAUUUGGAAGUAGGGUGGAAAUGAUGCUGACAAGGGGGAGGGAGGAUUAGUUUUAUAUCUCACGGUUGUGAGUUUUCAAGAACUGAUAGACUCUUACCUGAAGAGGGGGUUAGAAAGGGCUAGAUCCGUUACGUUCAUAAUAAACAAGAAUUGGUUUGAAAUAUAA